AUGGUUGAAGAGGAUGACUACUCAGCCUCUGUCGAGACGGUGGAGGAGGUGCAAGCAGAGGUGGCAUUGCAAAUUCGAAAUGGAAAACAUCUCAAGAAAGUGGGAGUAGCGGUACGGCGUCCUCGCAUACGAGCAUCGUGCGUCAAAGGCGGGGCGAAUGAGGACACGAAGCAGUGGGAGCUGCUGCUCUUUUCCUUUUCUGACUCAGAAGAGCUGGGCAAUCUCGAGUCACUUUUACUACGACUGGCUCCUUCAAAGUGCUAUUUAUCGUCUGAGAUGGAACAGUCUCACGACGUAGGUGAUAGCAAGAAAUUGCACGCGUUGUUACAGACUCACGAGGUGGCAGUCGUCUACAUGAAGAAGCAGCUUUUUAACGACGUAAGUGGUAUUGAAACUAAUGUAUCCAGGCUGUUGGGAGUGAGUACGAUGGUUGAGUAUCAACGUAUCCUGGCUUCGAAUAUUGUGGCAGGAUCGUUGGCUUGUUUAAUCGAGGCAUUGGGCGUCAUGACAGACACCGACGCCUUUGGCUGCUACACGCUAGAAGAGGGCAAUCUUUCCUCUGCAAUGCAACUAGAUAGUACCGCGGUAUGGUCGCUGAAUCUGUUGCCAGAGCUAAACUCCCCAGCAAUUCAUGUACGGGCAUUUGGGGGUAGUGUGUUGGAGAUUUUGAACCGAGGCAAGACCCCCAUGGGUCGACGCCUACUGGAGCGCUGGAUUCGACAGCCAUUGGUAGAUGUCGAGCAUAUUGAGAAUCGACAGAGCCUCGUGCAACUCUUUGUCGACAACUCGUCGUUAAGAAUGGAAUUGCUGGACGAGUGCAUGAAAGCGUUGCCAGAUCUUGGACGACUGGCAAUGACCUUUGAAAAAAAGAAGCAUGCCAAGAUUACCGACCUUGUCAGUGUGUAUGAUGCAGCAGUCGGUGCAAUGCCACGUGUGCUUAAGCUCAUGAAGACUACAAGAGCAGGUGGAGAUUCGACACUAAUUAAUCUUGUAAGCGAAAAAUUUACUGAUCCGCUGGAAAAAGUGUUGGCGGAUCUACAAGGUUUUACCGCACUCGUUCAAGAAGUUGUUGACCUUGAUAGUCGGCCAACGCUUGUCGUGAACGCUAAGCACGACAACCAUCUUCAGGCGCUGCGUGACGAAUGGGACGGCAUCCUUGCAGAUAUUGACGAAGAGCAUCGUAAUUCACUUGAUACCAUUGGUGGUGAUAUCAAGUGUGAGAAGGACAAAGUGCGCGGGUUUGUUUUUCGCGUCAUAAACAAGAAAGAGGAGGCGCGGCUCUCCAAGCUACCCUAUGUGCACAUUUGUCAGGUUCUCGUUAGCGGCGUUCAAUUUACGACAACAAAGUUGAAAGCACUUGCCACAGAAUAUCGUCGUGUGCGCGGGGAAUACGAGGAACGACAGGCUCACUUACUUAGUGCAGCGGUAGACGUGGCCAGUACAUAUGUCCCUGUACUAGAAGCUGCGACAGCGACUCUGGCCGAAUUGGAUGUGCUUCUUGGUUUCGCUCACGCUGCAUGCCAUGCUGGUUCAGGCUAUUGCCGCCCUCAACUUGAAGAAAACGGUGAUUGCAUUGUGUUGACCGGUUCACGUCACCCUUGUAUGGAACUACAAGACGGUGUAGAUUUCAUACCAAAUGAUUACAACUUUGAGCGGGAAUCAUCGCGAUUUCAACUCGUGACUGGGCCAAAUAUGGGUGGUAAAAGUACCUACAUCCGUCAGUUAGGUACAAUUGCAGUGAUGGCUCAAAUUGGAAGCUUUGUUCCGGCUGAAGUCGCUCGAUUGCCUGUGUUUGACAAGCUGUUGGUUCGUGUUGGUGCUGGUGACCAUCAACAGCGAGGUGUAUCAACAUUCAUGCUUGAAAUGCUAGAAGCUUCAGCUAUUUUACAAAAAGCCACGAAAAACUCUUUGAUUAUUAUUGAUGAGCUUGGUCGGGGCACCUCUACGUACGAUGGAUUUGGAAUUGCCUGGGCUAUUUCUGAGUACAUUAUCACAAAAGCAUGCUCGAUGUGUCUUUUUGCCACACACUUUCAUGAGCUGACAGCUUUGCAAAAAGAGUAUCCUCGUGGCUUUAUCAAUAAGCAUGUUACUGCAGUUGUUGGCGACCGAGAGAUUACAAUGGUAUACCAGGUGCGGAACGGCCCGUGCAUGGAAAGUUUUGGUGUACACGUGGCUGCAAUGGCAGGUUUUCCUCAGUCGGUAAUCGAGUGCGCUAAGCAGAAGAGUCACGAGCUAGAAUGCUUUGAAUGGGCUGUUAGCAGUCAGGAGAUAAACAGUGCUAAACGAUCUUCUACGGACGCCUCGCUUGCUGAGAGCAAAUCCCAUUUGAAAAAACGUGUGACGAGCAAGGAAUUUUUGAAUGCUUUCGCAGCUCUUCCUCUUGAUGAAAUGACGUCUGCAGAAGCCCUUUGCGCUGUUCGCAAGCUUGUCUCGUAA